AUGGAUGCUAACCGAGUCGGAACUCAUUCGAAUUCUAAACCGGAGAUGUGUGAUAAGGCCGGAUACUUGGGAGGCAAGGACGAUGACCGGUUAAGUAAGUUGCCGGACGAUAUUCUCGUCGAUAUCAUGUCUCGCAUGUCGCUUAAGGAAGCUGCACGAACAAGCGUUCUUUCAUCCCGGUGGAAACACUUGUGGAAAUAUAUCCCGUUUCUCAAAUUCGAUGCGGACAAUGUAUAUAAGAUUAUGGAUCACCAUUCAGCAGAUGAGUUAAUCGAAAUCGAGGCGCCCAAAUACGUAGAAUGGGUGAACUCCGUUAUCCAAUCACACAAAUCCCCCACGUUAAAACAAUUCAAAAUCCAUUUCCAUCUGGACAGAAGACACACGGACGCAAUCACUCGAUGGAUCGAAUUCGCGUUUUCCAGACAAGCCGAGCGUUUGGAGUUGAACCACGAAAGUUUCGUCAAUCCCAAACGAUAUUACUGUUUCCCCAGAUUCCAUUCCUUUGCCACCUCUAAUUCCCUUAAGGCAUUGUCUUUGAAAAGCGUGCACGUGAGGGAUGCAGCCGUUGAGUUCAUUUUACGAAACUGCCCUCGCCUCGAAGAAUUGUUUGUCCGUUACUCGCAUAACUUUUCGAAUCUUGAAGUUUGCGGUUCGUCCCUCAAGCUAAAACGCUUGGAUUUACGGUACUCUUUCGAAUUCGAAUCCCUUAAAGUUUGCGCGCCGUGUCUUACUUCGCUUAAGGUCCCGAUCACGGAGGGACUUUUGCUUGAGAAUGUUCCAAUGCUGGUCGAGUUAUCUCUAACUUGUCAUUCUAUCAAAGGAUUGAUUUCUGCACUGGCUUGCUGCUUUUUUCAAUUGGAAGUUCUUUCCAUUUCUUUUUUCGACACGACAACGGUUAGAAACGAGUGA